UCAAUGGCUGCUCGGGGAACGGCACAACGCCCCAAUGGAGCUGUGCAAGGAAAAAUCUGUCAGUUUAAACUUGUACUUUUAGGUGAGUGCCAUGGUAAAUUAAGCUUUAAAAGUGUUUUUAUGCUAAGGUGAUACGUUGUUCUUGGUGUACUUGUUUUAAAAAACACUUGAAAAAUAUUCAGGCUUGCUGGGAAUUAAACCCUGAUCUCACUGAUACCGGAGGGCGGAAUGCAGCUCUUUAGACGAUAGACAUAAAAAUAUAACAAUGACUAUCCCUAAAAACAUAGGCACGUUAAACGUGCACGAGCUAUUUUGAAUGCUUCAGUGUAACUUUAAUGCUUCAGUGUAACCUUACCAAGAGUGAUGAAUCUGCCUUUUUCGUCCUAAAUGUAGACUUGGUUUUGUGCUAAAUUGGGUAUUGUCUUGCAUAAAUGAAAACGCGAAACGCUCAGCUGCGUCAAUUCUCAUGCUAUAUAUUCCCUUUCCUCUGUCUUUCACUGUUACAUUUGGUGCUAGUUAAACAAAUUUUUAAAGUAAAAUAAAUAUCUACUCACCAAACGUUGAUUAGAAGGAAAACUCUAAGGUUUCCUCGGAUUUUCUUAAGCCAAAAUGUGACCCAUGGAAUUCGAGUAGCUAAGAAAUACCAAGAUUCUUAUCAUUGUGGUAGAUGGUUGCAUCAUCGCAAUUCACGAGGUUUUUACGUGCGAUUCUACUCAGUGAAACAGUCCUUAACUCCGGCAACUUAUUUCUUCAUGUUUUAAAAGCUAUUGCUUCUUUAAAGACAAGAGCCCUUUUUAAGGCAUUGGUUACAAAACGAAACAGGUCUUCAUACGUUCAAGUUACUAUUAUUAUUGUGAAAAGCCAAUCUGCAUGAGAUGUACAGUCACACAACUGACAUGUGAAAGUGGAUUCGAAUUCAGUCAGAAAUGUCUUGAAAUAGUAUCCACACUAAAAUAUGAACCCUUAAAAAGCUGCAUCACUGUACACAGCGUUUGAAUCAUGAAGACAUUUAAUAUAAUGUUUCCAAACACCUGUAGCCGUAAUAAAAGACGAAAAAUGGUCAAGAAUCAAGAUGGCAGUCUCAAAGGGCCUUUGUUCGACCUUAAGCAAUGUCAUGUUUAAGUAGAUGCCAAGAUCUCAUUGGUUCCUAAGCAUCAACUCAUAGUACCUUCAACCUUAUUGGCUCUUGCAUCAAACAUUUGAACAUACAAAGUUACAAAGAUACAAAGCCACAAAGAUGCAUACGCUCACACCACUGACAUAUAAAAAAAUAGCUCAACAAUGGAGCUGCGUUUUUUGGCGAACCAAUGAAUUUAGAGGUUUCUAGGAGCUGUGCACUAUCCCAAUACAGGUGCAGCGGUCUAACAAAAUGUGGUAGGAAGCCAAUAAUGAGAGCCUGUCAUUCCCAGUUGGCUUGCUAGCUCAGUUUAUUAGAGUGUUGCACCAGUAUCACAGAGGUCAGGCUUUCUUUUUGCAACUGCAUAAGUUGUGGCCAGAACUGUAUCUUCUUUACAUUUAUUUGCAAUGUUUUUUUUUAUUGUGAAAAAUUCAGGUGAGUCAGCUGUUGGGAAGUCAAGCUUGGUUCUUAGAUUUGUAAAGGGCCAGUUCCAUGAAUACCAGGAAAGCACAAUUGGAGGUGAGAUAUUUUAAUUUAAGUGAUACUCUUGGUUUACCCUUUUUCCCUACUGCUAACUGCAUCAGCAUAGCAGUAAAACUGCAUUUUUAUCACCAUGCAUUCUAACCAGUAAAGUAGUAACUUGUGUAACACAGUUUGUGUUACUUUAUAUGAUACAUUAACUGAUAAAAAGAUUGACCUGAUACUUGUAAAGAACAACUUGAAAACUAAGAUGAAAAAAAUCUUAAGACUUGUAAAAGCUUUUUUACUUAUUGGUGUCCUAAUCAUUGACAAAGAACCAUUGAGUCACUGUUAUUUUUCAAUUGUCUGUUUUUCCCGUCUUCAGCUGCCUUUUUAACACAGACAGUGUGCUUGGAUGAUACAACAGUUAAGUUUGAAAUAUGGGACACGGCAGGCCAAGAAAGAUAUCACAGUUUAGCUCCAAUGUACUACAGGGGGGCCCAAGCUGCUAUUGUAGUGUAUGACAUCACAAACCAGGAUACCUUUGGAAGAGCAAAGAAUUGGGUUAAAGAACUUCAGAGACAAGCCAGUCCAAAUAUUGUGAUAGCACUUGCAGGGAAUAAAGCUGACUUGUCAAGCAAGAGAAUGGUUGAAUAUGAGGUAAUGACUGGUUUGCAUUGAGUUGAUGUUAAAGAGUGAAAGAGUGAAAUCCAUAAAUUUUUAUGUUAGUACACAAUGUUCAUAUGCUUUAUUAUUUGUUUAGGAUGCUCAAUCGUAUGCUGAGGACAAUGGUCUUUUGUUCAUGGAGACAUCAGCAAAAACCGCUAUGAAUGUGAAUGAUAUAUUUUUGGCAAUAGGUGAGACUGUCAAUUCUUUUUGUAGUAAAUUUCCUCUAGAUUUCUUAACUGCCACAUUGGUUCAUAGACACACCCUAAGACAAGUCAUAUAUCUUAAUUUAGCUAGGCCUUGACAAUACUUUCAACUACUUCUACAGUUGAAAUUCUCGUCAUAGAGAGCUCUUUAUUACAUCCAAAAGUUUCCAAACUUUACACAGUAUUGACCCAUAGAAAAAGGAUGCAGGACUCGUCUGUAAUGUGGACAUCUAGCUUUGAAAGUUUUAUAAUAUUGUAUUUGGUUUUUGUGCAUUUUUUACCAAUUUUAGUUUGGGCAUUUCCAGAAACUUUGAUUUUCGAAAACCCUUAUAUAUACUUUCUUGCUUUAAAAUCACAGCAAAGAAACUACCGAAGAGCGAUACCACAGCUACUGGUCCUGUAGGUGGCGGGCGACAGCAAAGAGGAGUCGAUCUCAGGGAGACUAAUGAGUCCCACCAAGGAGGCUGCUGUAAAUAA